AUUCAAAAUAUGCAGAAGAACCGAGAGAGAAAAGAGAUGACGAACGCGCGAACUACAUGGGCCGGUCCGGGUUAAAUUGGACCCGGAUCCGAUACUAAUUUCAAUAAGCCCAUGGCCCAUUCCGCCUUUCUGCGCCAUUUUGUCCCUAAUCUGAAUCUCCAUUGGAUUUCUUUCUUCUCGGGAACGCCGCUGCUGAUUCCUUCGACUGAGAUUGUUAGCGAAGAUUGUAAAAUUUAUGGCAUUCCCUUGAAAAAUCACCUGGUUUUCAUGUUGUCAUCCUUUAAAGCCAUUAUAUUGCCAGAACCGCAAGUGUAAUUUUGGAGUUGUGUGACAUUAUUUAUUCAUUGAAAUUGCUUUCUGCUGUGAGAACACGAGGGUGUUAAACUUGGAUAUCAUUUGGAGGAAGGAGCACCGCGGUUUUGCAAAGUUAAAUGUGGUUUUGAAACUGAGUUGAAUAGCCAUGUCAUUUAUACAUCAGAUUAAACCUGUGCAAUUAGUUAUCGCAAAAGAUAUAUUUGUUUCAGCCAUUCGCAUCGCCAUGUCUAUUGAUGGGUCGUGUUUACCAUUUGGAGAUGUGCUCCGAACAUCUGCACAGGAGCAAGUCGACUACAUGCUAAGUAAAGACAAAGAUACUCUGAUAGUCAUGGCUGAUGAUGAAGUUAAGUCAGUGGUAAGAACGGGUGUUUACAAUACAAUUAAUUCAUUCGAAAAGGACUUGGCUUCCUUGUUGUUGGUCCCCUCCCUUGAGCUUGGGGCUGCAGAUAAUAAUGAUAGAAUAAUGAGAAAGUUAUCUGAUCUUGAAUGGAUGUGCAAUGUACUCCCAAAGAUGGAUUUAAUGAAAAAUUUGGUCUCUGAUUGGGCUGCGAUCUCUAAUCAAAUUUUGCGAAUUGUUGAAGACAAGAAGCUUGACCAGGUCAUGUGGGGCCUGAAAAUAAAGCUGAUAGAGGUAACAUGUAAAGUUUUGGAAGCGGUUGGUUAUGGCGGUGUGAUUCUUCCGGCAGCAUGCCGUGUCCAAUUGCUGAAGUCUUGGUUUCCGUAUAUUCGGAAAAUGAAGCCGUUGCUGGAUUCAAAAGGCACAGAGGAGAAUGGUUUUCCUUACAAAAUGGACCAAGAUUUGUGUCAGGCCAUUGAGGGAGCAAUUGUGUCAUUGGUAUUGACAUUGCCAUCAAACGACCAAGCAGACAUUCUUGCUGACUGGAUUAGAAGCAGAGAAAUCGGAUACCCGGACCUGAGUGAGGCUUUCGAGGUCUGGUGUUAUAGAACGAAGUCGGCGAAGAGGAGAUUAGUGGAAGGUUUAGAUGGCAAUAGUGAUGCUGUCAUCAGUGCUUGACUUUGAUUUCCCCCUCUUCUUUCAAAUUGUAGUUUGGAUAGUUUUAGCUCCAAAUGUUGUAUAAUGAACAUUAUUAUGUCAGAUGGAGGAGUUGAUUCCGUAUAUGGCACACUAGCUGAAUGGAGAGGUUCAAUUCCUUGCUUGGUAUCUGGUAAUGAUAUUGGUAUUUGAGCCUUGUUGAAGAUCCCACUCUUGUUUUUAUGCUUUCCAGUUUUCCCUCUAUCCCAACAUCUUGGAGUUGAAGAUCCAAUCCAUGUUUUCAUGAUUUCCAUCAUUCACUUUCUCGCUUUGGAGUUGCUUCCUUUCUAACUCCAAUUUCUUAGGAGAAUCCUUCAAAACAACACCACACGAUUUAAACAUCUGAACCAUUUUCGACUACAAUUUUACCAUCUUCUCAAAAUCCUCCUAAACUUGUCGCACAUUUGAUUAGGUGAACCCAUCAUUUUCGUAGUCGUCGUGGUUGUGGCUGUGGCUGUGGCUGAGGCUCAAAGUUCUUGCGCGCGCGAGUCAGCUAGAUGGCAUGUUGCCACGUGAGUUAGAACGUCAUCUUGAUAUAGGCACGUGACUUUUCGACGUAGAAGAAAGCUACGUCAAAUGUUAGUGCCGUACCAGGCUCUAGCAGACCUUACCAUCUACGUAGAAUAGCUUCCACCUUUUUUUAAGUGCAUCUUUUAAUUCUUUAAUGAAAUCAAGUAUACAUUUUAAAUUGA